CGCGCCCCGGGCCCUGCGGUGCCCCUCACCCCCGGCCCGCAGCGCCCCUGGCGGUCGUGCUGGGUGCAGCUGGCCCGGCGGUCACGUGAUUUCGGGGAAAGGGAGUGGAGCCUCAGAGGCGGCCGGGCUGCGCCGGGCGGGGGUCGGGCCGGGCCGGGGCAGAGGGACAGGACACCCGCGCAGACAGAGCGACGGGCGGGCACUGCCAGGAUGGCGUCGAGUCAGGUGCGCUCCACACGGCGCCUGCGGCAGUGGGUGCUGGAGCAGCUGGCCAGCGGGCAGUUCCCAGGGGUGGUCUGGGACGACCCCCCCGACUGCACCAUGUUCCGCAUCCCCUGGAAGCAUGCGGGGAAGCAGGAUUUUCGGGACGACGAGGACGCGGCCUUUUUCAAGGUCCAGGUCCCCAAACUGCCCAGGAUCCAAUCACCCUCCAGGAACCCCGGCAUCCAGGGCCAUCCAGCAGCACAGGCUCCCGACACCCAGGGGCAUGCUGAACCUGGCGGGAACCCAGGCAUCUGGGCAGGACCCCCAUCCCAGUCAAGCAAGACCCCCCGGCGAGGAGCCCAGCAGGCGAAGGGAGGGUGCUCAGACCCCAACCUGGCUCUAGCAGGAGGCACGGGGGGGCCCACCCUCAACACGGUCACCUGGGACCUGUGUCCGGAGGAGCCCGUGGCUGAUGGUUCCCGCAGCUCUGAGGACUCUGGCAUCGACGCCUGUAAGCCUGACCUGGACCCUGGCACCCCAUCCCCAAGCCUGACGGAGACCAGCUUUGAUGUCACCCUGGAGCUAUCCUCCAUGCCCCUGGGGUACCAGCCACUGGACCCCCAGGCACUGCGGCUGGUACUGCUGUACAGCGGGGUGUGUGUGCAGCAGACUUGGCUGCCGCCUGGCGAGUUCCUGGUGACGCCAGCAUCUGGGGAGGGGCUGCUUCCCCGUGUAGCCCUGCCGCCCGCCACCCCAACCACUGUGCCGGAUGCCCAGCGCCGCCAGGCCACGGCUGCCCUGCUGGCCGAGCUGCAUCGAGGGCUCCUGCUCAGCAGCAGGACUAAGGGAAUCUAUGUGCAGCGCCGGGCACGUGUGCCCUUGGGCUGGGCCAGGGCCCCUGCCAUCGACCUCGAUGGCCCCGUGCACCUCUUCAGCGCCCAGGACUUCCGCCACGCUCUGGAGCAGCACCAGCAGGGCCUGGGCCCAUGCCCUGAGCACUGCGUCACCCUGUGCCUGGGUGAGGAGUUGGCGCCCCACGAUCAGCCCCAGGACAAGCUCAUCACCCUCCAGAUGGAGCAGGCUUUUGCCUUGGAGCUGCUGAAGCUGCCCAUGGUGACAGGAGAGCCCUCCUGCCUCCUUAGCCUGCCCUGAGGACACCCUGGCAACUGCCAGUGUGCUGGGGGGGCGGGACUUCCUGCUUCACCUGUGGUCAGUGGAGGACAACCAGACGCACUUCCUGUUUUUCCAUGACAAGGGGGACAUCUUUUGACUUCUCUGGGACCUGUUGGGGAGGGCUCUUCCUGUCCUGCCUGGUUGAGAGUGGGACAUCCUCUUUUGUGCAUGGGGGAAAGGAGGUACUUCCUGGGCCUAACUGACCCACUUCCACUUCCUUGUUUCUUCUAUUCAUUUCCUGAGACUUGGGAAUUGGGACGUGUUAGGGCAGGUCUUCCUUUCUAGCAACAGAAUGGGGCAGGGCACUCCCCCCCCCCCCAAAUACCCUUCUCCCCCCCCCUUG